GUGUCAAUUUUCAUUUCAACUUUCCAGUCAAAACAAAGUCACAUAAUAUUGAAAUGAGUUAUCUCAAAAUAUUACGCCCUGGAAUAUCUGUUUAUAAAUGUUACACGACAUCGAUAUUCACUAAUAAUUAUCCUAGAUACCUAUUUCAUGUGACUGAUUUCCACCAUGGACAAAAACGAAAUUAUAAAAAUUUUGGACAUAAUAAAAAUGAAAAGUUGCCACUUUUUUCUAAAAUAUGGUAUUCUUUUAUAUUGAUUUCAUUCAUUGGAUCAUGUAUCGACUAUAGAUGGUUCAAACACUUUUUUUCUGUUAGAGCUGAAAGUGAAACGGUAACGGAAGGAAUACAAUUACAUAGUAGAAUAGAGAAAGACUCUGACGAUGAUGAUGAUUCCAAGACAAAAAAGCAAAGAAAAGAUAAAGUGGGCUUCCGAGAUAGAAAAAUAAUCGAAUAUGAAAAUCGCAUUAGACACUAUUCGACACCAGACAAAGUUUUUCGCUACUUUGCCACUCUGCAAGUUCAAGGAGCUACAGUUGAUCAGCAUGAAAUUUUCAUGACACCUGAUGAUUUUUUAAGGUCCAUGACUCCUGGUUUGAAACAACCUGACGGUUAUGGUUUGGAUCAGUAUAGACGAUAUGACCCUAAGCACAGUUUACAGACGGUACAGCAGAAACUUGAUCUUACUCUAGAUGAAGAUAGUAUAUUUUACAAAUUGGGCAGUUCCGGACUCAUUACUUUUUCUGACUACAUCUUCCUGUUGACGGUAUUGUCAACGUCUCGUCGUCACUUUGAGAUUGCGUUUCGUAUGUUCGAUUUAAAUGGUGAUGGAGAUGUAGAUUGCGAAGAAUUUGAGAAGGUUGCCACUUUAAUUCGACAACAGACUAGCAUAGGAUCACGUCACAGGGAUCACGCAAACACUGGUAACACUUUCAAGGGAGUCAAUUCAGCAUUGACUACUUAUUUCUUUGGUCCAAACCUGAAGCAAAAGCUGACAAUCGAGAAGUUCUUAGAUUUCCAAGAAAAACUUCAACAGGAAAUUUUGAGUUUGGAGUUUAAUCGAAAAAAACCGGACGAAAAUGGAAAUAUUUCUGAGGGGGAUUUCACUGAACUUCUUUUAGCGUAUGCAGGUUAUCCCCAAAAGAAAAAAGCUCGUAUGUUGAAAAGAGUUAAGAAAACUUUCAGAGACCAUAGUCUUGGGAUAUCUAAACAAGAUUAUCUGAACUUUUUCCAUUUCCUGAACAACAUCAACGACGUAGAUACUGCAUUAACUUUUUACCACAUCGCCGGAGCUUCUAUUGAUCAACAAACUCUCAAACAUGUAGCUAAAACUGUGGUUCAUGUUAACUUAAGUGAUCAUGUUAUUCACGUAGUAUUCACCAUAUUUGAUGAAAACUUGGAUGGCCAGCUGAGCAACAAAGAAUUUAUAGCAGUCAUGAAAAAUCGUCUUCUGAGAGGUCUUGAAAAACCCAAGGAUACUGGAUUCAUUAAAUUCAUGCAAUCUGUUCUCAAAUGUGCCAAGGAAACAAGACCUGCCUUGCUAGAUAUUUGAAGUUACUAUUAUUAUAACAUGUAACUGACAUAUUUCUCAAUAUUAUAUAAUGCAAACAUGGACUGUUUCUGAUCGAUCUAAAUCUUAUAUAGAAAAUGAAUACUGCUUAAUUGUAAAUUGCUACAGAGGUAUGUUUAUAGUAUUCUUUUUCUUUGAAUGAUAUUUUUUGUUUUUCUGUUAGCGUUGAAUUGAAAUAAAUAUUUAUUUAUUGUGUU